AACAAAUAUGGCUACACCUGGAAGUGUGAUUCCGAAAGCUGGAUUUGUUGUAUGGGAAUGGUUGAGUGAAUAUGGUCGAUGGAGGCCUUAUGAUUCACCCGUGACUUGUCAGAUUGAAGGCCAAUAUGGCAAAGCACCACAAGUGUAUCUGGGGGCAGUCAACCAGUCGUUGUGCAUGUACAUUGUUGAUUUUACAAACAUGUGUCAAAUUCGUCAAGGAUCAGGUACAACAACGUCCAGUGAGGAGGAAGAUCUAUCCCCAAGUUAGCCAUUCAGCUAAUCAGAUUGCAUGGCAGUGGUCAGGUGACACGCCAGGUAGUUGGAACACUUAUGACUUUGAUGUAGCUGGUGUUAUUGAAGACUACUACAGCCGAGGACAGAAAAUCCUCGACCUGAGUGCUACCAUUCUUCAGCUGCCUUAUUAUAUCAAUCUUAGUGCUAUGCAGCAAGUGAGAAUUGAAACUGGAACAAUACGUGGAAUAAGACGGCAGAUUCUAAGUGUACCAUAUCCUUUAGACACUGGAAAGGCACAAAAUUUGGUGUUGCCUCCUCCGCAGCUUUUAAGCUCCUCUUCAUCUACCUCCAUGUCAUCAGGUGCAAGCAAGAGAACAGCAUCCAGUAGUUCGGAUUCAGAUUCAGAUGGUGGGCUUCCGAAUGGAAGCAUGCGUCACCUACGAUCAUCAAGGAAAAAACGUAGAAGUCGUUACCAUGGAUCCAGCAGUAAAACACAGACAAGUAGUGCUAGUGCUAGUUUAAACAUUCCAAAUCCAUCCAUCUCUAUGGGACAUCAAUACAUGAUGCCUUCUGGUUCCAAUGCAAUGAUUCAUGGAUUACUUCCUCCAAGCAAUAGAGCUCUUCAACAUACAAUGAACAGCAACUCAGUCGCUAGUUCCAGCGCCAGUACUGGUAACCAUGGGAACAGUAUGUUCAACUUGCUACCUCCAGCUCCUUCGGUAUCUUCCACUAGCGGUCCGUUAUUUCAGGGCCCUCUCACGCGGAGCAGGUACAACAAUGUGGCAUCGUCCAGUCUUGCACCGAGCAUCAUGGCUCCAUCAACCUCUGGGUUUGUGCCGUCUACAUCCAUGUCCAUGAUGUAUCAUAAUAGCAUCCCUAUAGGAAUGUCGGCACAUUCACAGUUCAUGCCUUCUGCUUCCAAUAAUAUCCCACUCCAGCUGAAUGCUGGGAAGGGUCGAGGAAGCCGGAUCAGUCCGGUUGUAUCCAACAUGACCAAUAUGCUGGUGUCGCCAGCAGUACCAGUGGCGUUCUCCAACCAGAAGGUGCCGGUCUUCCCUCCCCCCUCUGCAACCAACUCCCAGCAACCACAGGAUAACUUCCCCUCCUCUGGCAGAAUCCUCCUCCAGAAACUACGCAAAAAUAAACCCAAGACAGCAGAUGAGGUGCUGAAACGAUAUCUCAAGGUGGAACCCAAACCCCCGAAUGAGGACUGUUGUAUCUGCUAUGAUGCCCUGCAUGAAGAGUCGACCUAUGGAAGCACUGGAGAUGAGGACCACCAGGUUGUCGCCCUUGUCAAGUGUACGCACAUGUUCCAUCGCAUGUGUCUUAAUGCUAUGUACGAUAGUGGUCACAAGGAUGGCAGUAUUCAGUGUCCUACGUGCAAGACAAUCUAUGGUGAACGCCUUGGAAACUGUCCCCCUGGGGAGAUGGAGUUCCACCCGAUCCCUCACUCCCUCCCCGGCCACCCUGACUGUCAGGCCAUCAGAGUUGUGUACACUGUCAACCCAGGUCUACAGGGCCCAGAGCAUCCUAACCCUGGCAAGAGAUACUCGGCUCGUGGAUUCCCCAGAGUGGCUUACCUUCCUGACAAUGAGAAAGGCAGAAAGGUCCUGAAGCUGCUGACUAUUGCCUGGCAGAGAAGGCUGAUGUUCACCAUCGGUGUGUCUACCACUACGGGGGAGAACGAUACCGUCACGUGGAAUGAAAUUCAUCAUAAAACAGAAUUUGGCUCAAAUGUCUCUGGGCAUGGCUACCCAGACCCGAACUAUCUAGACAAUGUAACUAUGGAGCUGGCAGUGCAAGGUGUUUGUGAAGAUGAUCUGAACUCUUAGACCCAGUCCUUCACCUUGUAACCUGACCUCAACUCCCAAACGCUCACCUGUGAUGUUCCUUAUGAUAAUAAGAUAUAAGUAGGCCUAGUCGCGUUAUUAUUACAAUUAUGGUUGUAAUUGUUUUAAGAUAUAUUGUCUCACAAUUUCUGUUAAGUGAAUAGGUAAUACUACUCUCGAUAGACUAUUUUGACAUAUAGUGGUUUGUUAUGUUGUAAAAUUUUAUUUUAUUUGCUUACCUGAACUAUGUGAGCUAAUGUAAUGGAACGUUAAUGGUCUGGGGCCCAUUUCUGAAAACAAUUGUAGUGCUAUGACAGUCGUAACUCCAUGCUAAUCUUAGCGCUACGACUGUCGUAAGUCUAUGCUUAAGUAUAGGAGUUACGAUCAUCUUAGCGCUACGACUGUCGUAAGUCUAUGCUAAAGUAUAGGAGUUACGAUCAUCUUAGCGCGACGAUCAUUUUGUGAAACGGGGCCCAGAAUGUGAAUCACAUUUUCGAAUUCUUUGUGUCGACAAUUAUGCAGCAGCAAUGCAUAGAUGAUCCUGAAUGCAGCAUUGCAUCCCAUGGGCAUGCAGAAACAACAUCGUGGGUUCGACUCCAAGAUUUGUUCUGUUUACAAUUCUAGGUUUGUCAUGUGCUUAUUGGUUUAAUCCAAGUUGAUUUGGCACCGAUCAUCAUCGCUUUCCUCCCUCAUCAAGCUGACACACCAUGAUACGACUGAAAUCCUUCUCAAAACGUUGUUAUUCCACAGUAUAUCCAGGAAUGGCGUCUGUAACGUGUCACAGGUUUCCCAUCCAGUUUUAAAAAUGUCACAUAUGCUCCAUACUAGGUCAUUUCUGCUGGUAUCUGUGAGUAUAUCUUGAAGCUUUUUGCAAUGUUUUUGUCAUGAUUUUCUCAAUCCAGUCAUGCUAAUGUUGCAAAUAUUCAGGAACUUGUAGGGACGGUGGGGUAGUACGGUGUACUCUGUCUCAUGAUCAACAACUGAGUGUAAAGGAGCUGUAAACAAACUUUGUGGCCUCUCUUGUACCAUUCACCGAAACAUGCCCCACUGCUCCGGAUCCUGGACAUUCUCAGCCUCUGUGAAGCAUGCAGCAUGCCUUCUGGCUGACCACGUGACACCCCAAUCUGAUCAUUCUCUUUCUUGUCGUGCUGCUGAGCAGAUGUGAUAUAAACUUGAAGUGAAUAUUCUGGAUUACUUUACAAUGGGAAAGGAUAUUAUGAAAAAGAUGUUAUAGAUUAAUCUUGUACUUUCCGGGAGCCACAUCUAUUACAACAUGUAUCUCAGUACAUAUAUUUCAUUUUCCAUAGGUAUUUUAGAUAUUAUCACUGUGUUUUGUGCAUCAGAACCCUUCAUCCACACACUCUUGAUAAAACCGUCACAUUGAUUGUCACAAACUUUUCACAGUUUUUUCAAACCAUGCCUGUGACAUAUUGACUGUGUAUUAACUCCUGAUCAAGUAAAGAUAAGCUGAACUGAACUGAAAAUACUGAAUUCAACACCCUUAUAUGUAACUCCAUAACCAUGUACCCCCAAUCGAAAGAAUAUUCUUGUAAAAUAGAAUGUAGUAUACACCUUGCAAAAUGCAGUAAUAAAUAGCAUUUAUUUAUUUC